AUGGUCCGAAGAUUGUCUAGCUCUCGUGCUUCGUCUUCUGGCAUGUCUCUCAUGCAAGACAACUUCAAUGAGACUGCUUUACAGAAGGCUUGCGAGAUCCUAGACGUGCUCAACCGUUACCGUACUGUGCUCCCGUCUGAGGUCGAGGAUCGAACCGACGAAGGAAAUCUACGAUUCCUAUCAAUCAUAUACAGCCGGGUGCGCGCGCAAAAACCAAUCCAGUUAGUGCUACCUGCCUUUCCUUUCAAGUCGCCAAACCGCAAGAGCAAAACCCUAGGAUGUCUACCGGACAAGGGAGAGCAGGUGGCCAUGGCCCAUUUGAAUGGGCUUUGCUCUGCAGUCUCUGAUGUGUAUACUCCUGGGGCCGAGCUUACAAUCGCUUCUGAUGGCCUGGUAUACAACGAUCUCCUCGGAGUCUCUGACAGAGAAGUAUGGGAAUAUGGCCAGGCGCUGCGCGUGAUGGUCAAGGAAGAGGGCUUCGACCAUAUCCGAUUCGUGCAUCUGCGCGAUAUUCUCUACAUGGUGGAUGAUGUUCCAUUGGACGCGACGCGCUAUGAGGAGAAAGCGCCAGAAUUCCGCGAUUCUCUGAUCCGCAACCACACUCUUUCAGAUAGCGAUGUCAAUGCCCGGAUCGCUUCAGAUGAAGACGUAUGCACCACGUAUCGUGGAUAUAUCAAGUUUCUCACGAAAGAUCUGGGCCACACAAUGGAGGAAUGCUCGAAGAGUCAACAUAAGAAGAAAUGCGAGCAGAUUGCUAAGAAAAUGAUUGUCCGCGGAGCGGCGUUUGCGGCGGCGAUCGCGAAAUCAUUCCCUGAGCAUGUACGACUGUCGAUACAUCCAUCGAAUGGAUCGAAGAAGAUUUCCAUCUCCGUUCUACCGCAGACGGUCCUCCCCAUCACUCCUUGGCAUUCGUCACCAUCCUUCAGUGUGGAUGGACGGAUGAAGUUCCAGCAAAGAGAGGUGUUCGAUAGCGACGAGACCAUGGAACUGGUGUACCGGAACGGACAGCCUUGGUGCUAUCGCGAAAAGAACGAACUUUUUUCCUGGUCGAUGGAUGUAAUCUUCGAACCUAACUAUCCCUGCGGAAUGACCAUUAAGCCUGUCAAAGGCACCAAGCCGUCCAUCACAGAAGUCGAUAUGCAAAAGGCCCGGCGCCUGGCGCAGGAAAACUCUCCAAUCAUUCUGCGAGGAUUUGCCGAUACACUCGACCGGGACGUAUUCGUCAAGAAGGCUGAGGAAAUGGGUACUCCACUGGAAUGGAAGUUCGGGCUUAUCCUAGAGGUCAAAGACCACGGGUCCGACAGUCAGGGAUUGAACAAUGUUCUCUCUGCGGAAUGGAUGCCAUACCACUAUGAUGGUCUAUUCAAGGUGAAGAAGGAAAAGGAUGCCGAUGGUAAAGAGAAAUUAAUUUCACUGCCUCCAAAAUUCCAAGUCUUCACCUCAACCACUCCAUCUCCCAAAGACUCCGGGUUCACACUGUUCGCGCCAUCUCAUCUGAUCUUCGACCAUCUCCCAAGUGACCUAUCCGUAGGUGACCUCCAAAAACUGACCUGGCGCGUCCAGACCGCUUCAUUCGACGAAGCCGUGAUUGAGAACCUCCCUCUCGUCAUUCCUCAUUUCGCAACAGGUCGACCCUGUCUGCGAUAUCACGAGCCCUGGCCACAGGAGAAAACUCGCUUCGAUCCGACAUACGUGACAAUCGACGGGGUGGAGGAUUCUGCAGCGCUGUGCGACAUUAUCGACUCACUUCUACAUGAUCGACGAGUGUGCUACUGGCAUGCUUGGGAAGAGGGAGAUUUCCUCAUCAGUGAUAAUGUGAGUAUGAUGCAUACGAGGAGUUCAUUUGAGAGUCGUGCCGAUCGGUGCUUGAGACGGAUUCAUGUGGAUUAG